CAUUAUUCUCCACCUACCGGAUUUGAGCGCCAAUGUCUUCCAAUUAGGAGGCGGCUUCUCAGAGUGAAUUUCCCGCCACGCUACAAACCCCGCCAACUGAACUCGAAAGACUGAAAGGAGUCCGACGAAUACAGACGAUAUUUCCAUUGUUGACUCAUUGUUCCAGAGGCUUUCAGUUUAAAGUAAACAAGAGUGUUUUGACAGCUAUGUGGAUUCAGGUGCGUACAAUGGAUGGCCGAGACACUCGUCGUAUUGAUUCUUUGUCAAAAUUAACUAAAGUGGAAGAUCUAAGGGCGAGGAUUCAGCAAAUAUUUGGGGUGGCAUUGGAGAGUCAGCGUCUCUUCUACAGAGGAAAGCAGAUGGAAAAUGGACACACACUAUUUGAUUACAGCGUUGGUUUGAAUGAUAUUGUUCAGCUGUUAGUACGUCAGAUUCCUGAUUCUGUUCCCACAAAGGAUAAAGAGUGUGGGAUUUCUGAUGCGGAUUCUGGUUGUGGUUCUGGACAGGGUGAAUCUGAUAAGAAUUCCAGUUGUGGUGAGGGUGCGACGGAUGUAGAUGGACAGCCUGCUGGCAUAAAUAGUGAAAAUGUAGGACCUAGCCUGUAUAAGAAAAAUGACUUAGUGGAUGCUCGAGAUCUUAACAUGGGUGCUUGGUUUGAGGCUCAAAUUGUAAGUGUCUCAAAGAGAGUGAAUCCUGAUGGGAUGUCAGCUGAAAUCUUGGACACAUCUGCAGCUUCUGAUGACAUAAUCUAUCAUGUGAAAUAUGAGGAUUAUCCUGAAAAUGGAGUUGUGCAGUUAACUUAUAAGGAUGUGCGGUUGCGAGCACGCACCACACUACCAUGGCAUGAUCUUAAAGUUGGUCAGGUGGUCAUGGUAAAUUAUAAUCCAGAUGAGCCGAAAGAGAGAGGAUACUGGUAUGAUGCAGAAAUACUGCGGAAACGUGAGACCAGAACAAUUAAAGAAAUUUAUGUCAAGGUGUUACUGGGGGAUGCUGGUGAUUCCCUUAAUGACUGUAGAAUACGGUUUGUUGAUGAAAUUUACAAAAUAGAAGAGCCGGGAUCUGCAUAUAUUACCACAGAGAGUCCUCAAAAACGUCAAAAUGGUCCAGAGUGUAAACACUGCAAGGACAACCCAAAGAGAGCCUGCCGGAUGUGUGCAUGUUAUGUUUGUGGAGGCAAACAGGACCCUGAAAAACAACUACUUUGUGAUGAGUGUGACAUGGCAUUCCAUAUUUACUGCCUUAAACCCCCAUUGUCUGCCAUACCACAGGAUGAAGACUGGUACUGUCCAGACUGCAGAAAUGAUGCAAGCGAAGUGGUUCUAGCUGGUGAGAAGUUGAAAGAAAGCAAAAAGAAAGCCAAAAUGGCAUCUGCUAGCUCCUCAUCGCAGAGAGAUUGGGGCAAGGGAAUGGCAUGCGUAGGACGCUCCCGAGAAUGCACAAUUGUUCCAUCUAAUCAUUAUGGUCCAAUCCCUGGAGUACCUGUUGGAACACUAUGGAAAUUUAGAGUUCAAGUGAGUGAAUCUGGAGUACACAGGCCACACGUGGCUGGUAUACAUGGAAGAAGCAAUGAUGGCUCAUAUUCGUUGGUGCUGGCUGGAGGCUAUGAAGAUGAUGUGGAUAAUGGAAGUGAGUUUACUUAUACUGGCAGUGGUGGUCGGGACCUUUCUGGAAACAAGCGAACAGCGGAACAGUCUUGUGACCAGAAACUCACAAACAUGAACAGGGCUCUUGCUCUAAACUGCAGUGCACCUAUAAAUGAUAAAGAGGGAGCUGUUGCUAAGGAUUGGCGAGCAGGCAAACCAGUUCGUGUAGUGCGUAAUACAAAGGGUAAAAAACACAGUAAAUAUGCUCCAGAGGAUGGUAAUCGCUAUGAUGGCAUCUAUAAGGUAGUAAAAUACUGGCCAGAAAAAGGUAAAUCUGGGUUUUUGGUAUGGCGAUACCUCCUAAGGAGAGAUGAUGAAGAACCUGCACCCUGGUCAAAGGAAGGCAAGGAAAGGAUUAAAAAACUAGGUCUAGUCAUGCAGUAUCCUGAUGGUUACCUGGAAUCUCUUGCUAGCAAAGAGCGAGAAAAAGAAAACAAGACAGAAGAUGAGCUGAGCGAGUCACCUAGCAAAGGGAAAAGGAAGCGAAACUCUGGUAGUGGACUGUCCGAUGCCAAAAGCACUCCAAAGAAAACAAAAGUGGAGUCCUACAAACUAAGCCUGGAUCAGAAAACACUUAUAAAACAAGAUGACCUAAAUGCAAAGUUAUGGCGCGAAGUGAUGUCAUUUCUGAAAGAAGGCCCUAAGUUUUUGAGCAAGGUGGAAGAAACAUUCCUGUGCAUCUGCUGUCAAGAAGUGGUAUAUGAACCUAUUACAACUGAAUGCCAUCAUAAUAUCUGCAAGGGGUGUCUUGACCGUUCUUUCAAAGCAUUGGUCCAUAACUGCCCUGCUUGCCGGCAUGAUCUGGGAAAAAACUACUCGCUAAACGUGAACAAACCACUGCAAGCUAUCCUCAGCCAGUUGUUUCCAGGCUACGAGAGAGGCCGGUGAUUAAGCAUGCAUUUCCAGAACAUUUGCAAUAACUUUUUGGGCUUUUGCUUGUUUAUCAAGACAAGUUAUAACUAGUAGUUUAGAAUGAAAUUCAAAAUGGCUGUGCUAGGGGUUACAACAUAAAAUGAUUUGCUAUCCUGUAUUUUAAGUUUGUAUUAAUGUAUGUCUUGAUAACCAUACAUGGCCAUAAGGACUUACACAUGGGUAUUUUUUUUUAUGCAGUUACAAACUCAUGCUGAGAGCACAAAUGUAUUUGUUUAAAUGCAUCUGAAAAUUCAAGGGUUUUUUUUAGUCUGUUCCAAAUAUGAAAUUUAAAAAAAAAAAAAAAAAAACUCGAGGCACGUAUGCCAAAGACUCAAUUAGAUGAUGCAUUUAGGUGCUUUCACGUCAGCCAUAAGCUUUUGCUCAAUUUUUUUUUUUUUUUAAGAACUUAAUUAACCUUAUUGAAGCUGUUGCCUAGUCAAUUACUGGCCACACAUGGGAAUAGUCCUCUCGUACAUUUGGCAGACAAUAAUAUCUUUGAUCUGUGUUGUAGUGUGCAUCAUUGGCCUAUUAUGUUGUAGCUUGUUGUCUUCACAAUAGCAUGGCUUUUUGUAUACUGCAGCUAUUAACUCUCCAAAAUUAUUUUAGCCCAUUGGCAGGCCCUAUAAACCGGAUACCCUCUUUUGCAGAAUGGGUCACAAAAUGGUCACAUCUCUACAGUCUACUUCUACAAGAUGUUAUCCUUUAUGAACUAGAGAAAAUGAGAUUAAAUAGCCCAUUGUCACUACUGUAGAGCAACUUGGUACAAAAAGGGGCUAGAACUGUUCUAAUUUUUUUGCCCUAAUUAAAAGUGCUUUUAGCCCAAAUCUGUCACUGAAAUGUUAUGCAUUUCUCUUAAAUGUGAUUCAAGGUCAGUUUUAUAGAAACUGGUUGUGUAUCUCUUUAAAAAAAAAAAAAAAAUUGAGGCCUAAUAUUUAAAACCUUUUCAGAAGCUCUUGUUGGAACAACUAGGGCAUCUUUUUUUUUUUUUUUUUUUUUUUUCUGAGCUUUUAGGAUCAACAUGAGAAACUGAUGCUUGUUUGCAGCUAUUACAUCAUUCUGGGAAUGUGUUGCUGUAGACGGUGUAACUUGUUGGUUUUUUUUUUUGCGUGGAACUUUUAUUUUGUAAACCGUCAAAACUAAAUAAAGAUGUUUUAAGUGUCAUUA